GACGUAAUACUCUGCCGUCGACGCCGACAUUGUCUUUACUCCGUUCUCAUUCGCUUUCUCACGGCCACGAUUCUCUCUACUAAGUAGUCAAAAUCCUCUGAGUCCUUUCGCUGUACCGAGCUUCUUUUAAACCCUAACCCUCUCGCGAAAUUAGUAAGUUCUCCUAAUUUUCCGACGAAAGUCUUCUCCUUUUUGAGUCUCAUGAUCGGAAAACGCUAUUGAUUAGUUCUCGGGAAAAGAAAACAACGUUUUAUUAGGGUUUCUUUGUGCGAAACAACGAUGGCACCUAAUCCGCAUAUCAAGAAAGCAUUUAUGGCUAUGAAGGCUCUGGGAAUAAAGGAUGCGCAAGUGAAGCCGGUCUUGAAAAACCUUCUUACCCUUUACGAUAAAAACUGGGAGUUAAUUGCUGAAGACAAUUACAGGGUUCUUGCUGAUGCUAUCUUCGAGAGUGAAGAAGCUCAGGCUCUUCAAGAAAGCAACGGAAAGAAAGCUGACGAAGCUAAAGAGGAUGAAGGCUGUUCCACAGAAGUUGACAGAGGAAAGAAGAAGCUCCAUGAAUCUAUCGAGGAAGACGAUGAUGCUGUGUUGGGCGAGUCUGAUCGCCCUCUAAAGAGGCUGCGGCGCAGAGGUGAAGGAGGCUCUGCUUUGACAAGCCCUAGCUUGGGCAGUCCGACUUUAGAGAAGCCUUCGACUUAUGACGAAGAAAAUGCUCCGAUCCUAUUGCCAUAUCAUCCUGUACCAACUGAAAAUGACCAUGAUGCUGGUGAGCUCAUUAUUCCAAAAGUCGAGCCCAUUACAAAUAUACCUCUCACUUCUAUUCAUCCUGAUUCAGUAGAGCGAGAGAACUCUUCAGUUCCCAUGCUUGAGAUGGAGAAAACAAAUGGACAUGUGGAAGAGGGGGCUGGUGAAACAGUAAGUACUGCUGAUGGUAAUACCAAUGACCUUUUUCCUACAUCUGUUGGGAGAUUUAGUGAGCACAAGCUAGCUGCAACCAUAGAAGAACCAUCAGCACUUGAAUUAGCUUCUUCUGCUUCAGGCGAAGUGAAGAUUAAUCUUAGUUUUGCUCCUGCAACUGGAGGAUCAAAUCUAUAUAUACCUUCUAUGGAGGAACUACGAAGAGCAAUGGAGGAGAAGUGUCUUCGAUCAUACAAAAUACUGGACCCCAACUUUUCUGUGCUUGGUUUUAUGAACGACAUCUGUAGCUGCUACAUGGACCUGGCAACAAAGGGGAAAGAUACAGCUAACCAGUUGCCAAAAAACUUGCCGUUUGUCACAGCAAACAUUGAUGCAUUGAAGAAAUCUGCAGCAAGGAUGGCUUUUACUUCUCAGGGCAGUAAUGAUCAUAUGCGUGAUGUUGAAAACGCUGCAGUUGAUGAUUCCAUGGGUUUGGUAGUUGUUCCUGAAUGCCAACUUUCUGCGGAUGAGUGGAGAUUGAUAAGCAGCUUCGGGGACAUCACUCUAGGGAAAGAAACUGUUGAGAUUCCUUGGGUGAAUGAGGUCAACGACAAGGUUCCUCCAGUUUUCCGUUACAUAGCCCAAAGUCUUGUGUAUCAAGAUGCUGCAGUGAAGUUUUCGCUUGGGAAUAUCAGGGAUGACCAAUGCUGCUCCUCUUGCUGUGGAGAUUGCUUGGCUCCGUCAAUGGCAUGCAGUUGUGCAACUGCAUUUAAUGGCUUUGCAUACACUGUAGAUGGCCUCUUACAGAAUGAUUUUCUGGAACAGUGUAUCUCUGAGGCCCGUGAUCCGCGGAAGCAUAUGGUACAGUAUUGCAAAGAAUGCCCUUUAGAGAAAGCUAAAAAAGAAGUAAUCCUGCAACCGUGCAAGGGGCACCUAAAGAGAAAGACCAUUAAAGAAUGUUGGAGCAAGUGUGGCUGCAUGAAGAAAUGUGGAAACCGAGUUGUCCAACAGGGCAUUCACAACAAGCUGCAGGUGUUUUUCACGCCCAAUGGGAGAGGCUGGGGACUCAGAACUCUAGAAAAACUGCCUAAAGGAGCUUUUGUCUGUGAGUUUGCUGGAGAGAUAUUGACCCUUCCAGAGUUGUUCCAACGCAGCUUUGAGAUGCUUACUUCUCCGGUAUUAUUGGAUGCAUACUGGGGUUCUGAAGACAUUUCAGGGGAUGACAAAGCACUUUGUUUUGACGGAACGCACUAUGGAAAUAUUUCCAGGUUCAUCAAUCACAGAUGCUUAGAUGCAAAUUUGAUUGAGAUCCCAGUUCAUGUGGAGACUACUGAUUUACACUACUAUCAUCUCGCAUUCUUCACAACACGAGAGAUCGAUGCUAUGGAGGAACUUACCUGGGAUUAUGGUGUCCCAUUCAACCAAGAUGUGUUUCCCACGAGUCCGUUCCAUUGUCAAUGUGGUAGCGAGUUCUGUCGGGUCAUUAAGCAGAUAAGCAAAGGCAAGAAUGUGAAGAAGCGAGCAUGAGAGCUUUACAUUGGUAGUUUUUGAAGAUAUGUGGUGAUGCAAUCUUUUUUUUUGUUGAAUGAAUUGGCAAAAAAAUU